CGUACCCGGAACAAGAAUAUGGUCAUCCCGGAUCCAUGGCGUCAGAAAUAAUUAGAAUUGAUCUGUUAGUGUCUUGUCGAGUCCGAGUUAGCAGAAUGAGAGGUUUUGGUACAUUUAUUAGGAUACCACUGCUUUUUCUAUUACUUCACUUUACUUUUGUGCAAUGUGAUAUAACAGACGGUAACGCAGAGCACUUGAAGCGAGAGCAUUCGCUCAUGAAACCUUACCAGGGUGUUGGAAGCAGUCCAUCCAGUCAGUGGGAUUUCUGGGGAAGCACACUAGUGACCAGCUCAUAUGUACGCCUCACACCUGAUGAGAGGAGUAAACAAGGAUCCAUUUGGAACACUGUGCCUGUUUAUCUGAAGGACUGGGAAAUGCAUAUCCAGUACAAGAUACACGGGUCUGGGAAAAAGAAUCUUCAUGGAGAUGGCAUUGCCAUCUGGUACACUAAAGACAGGCUGCACCCAGGCCCAGUCUUUGGAAACCAAGAUCAUUUUGUUGGCCUGGCUAUAUUUGUGGACACCUUCCGCAAUGAUCUCCAUGGGAUGGAUCGUUCCUUCCCCUACAUUUCUGCCAUGGUGAAUAAUGGGUCCCUGCCAUACGACCACGGGAAAGACGGGCGGAACGCUGAGCUAGGAGGCUGCUCCUCAGAAAUCAGGAACAAGGACCAUGACACCUACCUGGCUAUCCGAUAUUCCAAGGGCAGACUUACAGUUAUGGUGGACAUUGAUGAUAAGAAUGAAUGGAAAGAAUGCAUUGACAUUGGGGGUGUCCGCCUUCCCACAGGGUACUACUUCGGAGCUUCUGCUGCUACAGGGGAUCUCUCGGAUAACCAUGACAUCAUCUCAAUGAAGAUGUACCAGCUGAUGGUUGAGCACAGCCCAGAUGAGGACAACCUUGACUGGACCAAGAUUGAGCCAAGCGUUAGCCUGCUAAAGUCACCCAAAGACAACAUUGAUGACCCCACUGGUAAUUUCCGUAGCACACCACUUACUGGCUGGAAGGUAUUCCUGCUUCUGCUCUGUGCACUCCUGGGAAUUGUAGUUUGUGGUGUUGUAGGGGCUGUAGUAUUUCAGAAGCGUCAGGAAAGAAACAAGAGGUUUUACUGAGAGGUCGAAACAUGUUUCCAUGUGAGAUCUUCAUGAAAUGAACUAUUGCAAAGAAUACAGAUUCAACAAAACAUCCAAUGUGAAUUUUCUAAGGAUUGUAAAAAUGUUUAUAUCCGUUAAAGCACUGCGACGAGUCAUUCGUGGUAUCUUCUAAUGUUUGAGGUCACCAUGACUAAUGGUUACUACCAUGUGUGUGACUGACUGGUUACCAUGGUUACUAACAUUAUAAUGACCUUUUUGAUGGAGGCAGUUUGACCUUUUUUUAAAUUCUCCUGUUCUUGUUUUUUUUUCAUUCAUAGUACAGGUGACAGUUGUGGUAGGUUUUCUUUUUUAAAUUAGAUCAAUCUGCAAAACACUGAUUUGAUUACUAAGAUUAUUAUUUUUUUAUAUGUAUAAUUAUGAUUUUAUUUUUCUCUCUUAUUUCGCAUUUGUAACCUUGGUUUCUGAUUGGGUUAGUUUACAUAUGUGUAAGAUUGUUUUUACUUUUUUAUCUCUUGACUGCUCUUGACUGUAGAUUGAAAAUGAUUGCUGCUUUCUCUUUUGAUUCUGAAAUGCUGAGGCGACCUUAUCUGGACAUUUUCUUUCCAUGUGUGUCUUUGACAAAUACAUUUUAAAUGCUUAUAGGGAUUACAAUCACCACAAUCAGAGGCCCCUUUAGGAAGAAUAAUUUACUAAUUUUGGAAUUGUUAGCCUAAUUAUACUUACGUUUUACAUGCUAAAAUACCACAUGAACUGACAGGAUUUAGGGCACAUUCUCAAUUGGUAAGGCCUACUGAAAGCUGUAUAUGUCUCUACUAUGAGAUUGCACCUUUCCAAACUUGCAUUAGAUCCAUGUAUAUUUUAUUUUUUGACAAUUCUCUAUAAAGUGUUUAUCAUUAGUGGUGGCUGCUUACACAAUGAUAUGAGUGGAAAUAUCCCUUUACUGUGAUUGAAUGACUCAAAAGCAAUUUUUUAGGCAUCCUGUCUGACUCAAUAAAGCUGGUCUCCAAAUAAAAACA